CAGCCAGGUCUUGACAGCCAGAGCUUUAUCUCCGACCGUUGUAGAGUCAUUGUUUGAACUCGACUCAAUUCUCAUCUCAGGCGGCUCAAGAUGACGCUUAUCAAGAUCGAAACAGAGGAAGCUCUUCGUCGCACCAUCUAUUCAACCCCGAUCAUCGAUCACCACGCUCAUCCACUCCUCAAUUCAGGCUCCAUCACCAAGUACCCUCUCUUAUCAAUCUCGACUGAGGCUCAUGGCGACGCCAUCAAUGCCACCCAGACUAGCUUGGCGCAUAUCCGAGCUGUCAAGCAACUUUCUGCUAUCCUCGGCUGUGACGCCACGUGGGAGGCAGUCUCCGCGGCUCUGGAGUCAAAGCAGGCGGGAGACUACGAUGCAUGGGUGAGAAGAUGUCUCUCUGGAAUCGAAAGCAUCCUUGUGGACGAUGGCUUCAGUAACGCGGCAGAGGUUGAGCGAUACAACCACUUUGACAACUUUACGAGAAGCCCGAGCAAACGCAUUGUCCGCAUCGAGCAUGUCGCUGCGGAAAUAAUCGACCAGACAGGCUCCAAAUUCAAGAAUGCCAACGACGCCUUCAGAGCCGUCAUUGAGGGCUUCGACAAAGCGAUUCUGCACAGCAUCGAAGACCCGGAGGUGGUUGGGUUCAAGUCGGUCAUCUGCUACCGGACCGGCCUAGACAUACCCAGAAAGAUGGAUAUAAGGGCCGCAAGCGAGGCCUUCUUCCGAAUCUUUGAACAGAGAGAGGCAGGCAUUGUGAAGAAGUUCACCAGGGUGGACCACCCUGGCCUCAAUGAGCUAUUCGUCCACCACCUGGCAACGUUGAUUCGGGACAGCCGAAGUCCUCAUAAAAAGCCCAUCCAGUUCCAUACUGGGCUUGGGGACAACGAGAUAACCCUCACCAAGUCCUCUCCCGCGCACCUCCAGGAGUUCAUCCGAGAGUACUCGACAGUUCCUAUUGUUCUCUUACACGCCAGCUACCCUUACAUGCGCGAGGCCGGUUACCUGGCAACGGUCUAUGCCAAUGUCUAUGCCGACAUUGGCGAAGUCUUUCCCGCAGUCAGCCGGGAUGGUCAGGAUGCGGUGAUUCGGCAGGUAUUGGAACUCUGUCCAUAUUCCAAGAUCCUCUGGAGUACCGAUGGGCACUGGUUCCCCGAGACAUAUCUUCUGGCGGUGGAACAGGUGCGAGAGGUCCUUCACAGCGUUCUCUCCGACUAUGUGCACAAGGGGGACUUGACAUGGACGCAGGGAGCUCACUUGGUUGAGGAUAUUUUCUUCAACAACUCUAACAAGCUCUAUAAGCUUGGCUUGGACUUGCGACCUCUGAUCCCCAAGGCUGGGACUGAUGCCGUGGUUUCUGGAUCUGGAAACCUCCAGGCCUUGACCAAGUUCCUCAAAGACAACGAGCAGCCUCGCUUCUUGCGAGUUUACUGGAACGAUAUGACGGCAAUGCCGCGGAUGAGAGCCAUUCCGAUCCGGCGGGUCUGGUCGAUGCUGCGCAGUGGCGAGGAGUUCUCCUUUGGAGUGGCCAAGGCCAGUCUCGGCUUGCUCCAGAAUGAUGUGCCCGCGCCUGGUGUUUCGUCGGCUGGAGAGUACAGACUGCACCCCGACCUAGGGACGCUUCGUCCUGGCCCGCGAAAGGGACAUGUCACCGCGAAUGGGGACUUUAAGGAGAAAGAUGGCUCUGCCGUGUCGAUAUGUCCACGAACCCUCCUCAAAAGAACGUUGGAAAAGGCAGCCCGGAAUGGAUUGGCAUUCAUCCUCGGGUUUGAGGUUGAGCUGGUCUUGAUGCGGCGCAUGGAGGUCGGGGAUAAGUACAAGUCAUUGGAUGGAGAUGGACAUGCAUGGUCCACCGGGAGGGCAAUGGAACAUGAGGGGGCAGCCGCAGUUCUUGAAGACGCGAUAGAACAACUCGAUGCGGCCGGCGUCUACAUUGACAUGAUGCAUCCGGAGAGCGCAGACGGGCAGUAUGAAGUGAUUCUCCCCAAGGCACCAGCCCUAGAGGCCGUGGAUACACUGCUAUACGCAAGGGACGUCCUCAGCAACUACGCUACGGCGAAGGGAUUCAAGAUGACCCUCCAUCCGAAGCCAUUCGCAAUGGCAUGUGGCACGGCGGCUCACGUCCACAUGUCCAUCUCGACGCCAAACGGGUCUGACAAGGAUGUCUACGAGCCGUUUUACGCAGGGAUCCUCAAGCAUCUCCGAGCUGUUGCGGCUUUCACGUACAGCAGCUCGGCCAGUUACGAACGUGUGCAGGACGGGUGCUGGGCCGGAGGAACCUGGGUUGCAUGGGGCACGCAGAACCGCGAGACGCCACUGCGGAAGAUUGAGGGGAGCCACUGGGAGAUGAAGUGCAUGGACGGCAUGGCCAACCCAUACCUGGCGUUGUCAGCGGUGUUUCUGGCAGGUAUCGAGGGCGUCGCGAGACAGGAGAAGCUGGUAUGGGUGGACUGCGAGGAUGACCCAGCGACGCUGUCGGCCGAUGAUCGGGUUCGGCUCAACGUGCAAACGAGGUUGCCCAGGAGCAUUGGCGAGGCGCUCAAGGCGCUUCAGGAUGACGGUGAAAUGUGCGAGCUGCUGGGGCGAGACCUCGUAGGGCGCUAUGUGGCUGUCAAGAUGGCUGAGACGAAGAUGCUUGAGUCGAUGGCAACGGACGAGAUCCGCAGUCAAUGGGUCAUGGAGCGAUACUGAUAGGACACGGGGACUCAAUCCUUGCAGGUAUUCCAUUAGAGGAGGAUUAAUGGGGUGAAUACAAGAAAGCAGCAAUGUGCGAGUAUGUGUAUAGGACUCACCCGC